CAAGUGACAGGAUGGAGGAAACCUCUCUGCUGCUGCUGCUCUGUCUGACCUCACUGCUGAGCUGCACAACAAACCAAGCUCAUCUGACUGUGAGUCCCAGCAGCUCUCAGCUGUUUGAAGAUGAGUUUAUCUCUCUGAACUGUGAGGAGGACGACAGCUCUGCUGGAUGGACUCUGAGGAGGAACACAACUAGACGGAAGAUGUCUCAGUGCGGAGCUGGAUGGGGAAGAUCAGCUGGUUCGUCCUGUAUCAUCAGUGUAGCAGUCCCAUGGGACAGUGGAGUUUACUGGUGUGAGUCCAGAGAGGGAGCAACCAGUAAGAGCAUCAACAUCAGUGUCACUGGUGGAUCAGUGAUCCUGCAGAGUCCUGUCCUCCCUGUGAUGGAGGGACAUGAUGUCACUCUGCACUGUAAAACAAAGACGUCCUCCAACCUCCCAGCUGCUUUCUAUAAAGAUGGCUCCUUCAUCAGGACUGAGCCUGCAGGUCACAUGACCAUCCGCCAUGUAACCAGGUCUGAUGAAGGCCUCUACAAGUGUGACAUCACAGGUCAUGGAGAGUCUCCACCCAGCUGGCUCACUGUCACAGGUACACCUACAACCACAGCUCCACCUCCUACAUUGACCCCGCCCACAUCUGCAGCCAUGACCUUUGACGUAGCCCCGCCCACAUCUGCAGCCCCGCCCCCUGACUCAGGCCACCUCCACCUUGUGUUCACAGUGCUCUAUUACCUGGUGGUGUUCUGUCCGUACUUCAUCUCCACUUUCAUCAUGGUGUCUUUAUAUCGACAACCGCCCACAGGUAAUGGCCUACCCGUCUCCAUGGCAACGGCACCAUCCAACCAAGCUGAGCAGAGAUUGGCUGAGGACUAUGAUGACAUAGCGGCGGUCAGCACGGUGCAUCACAUCUGAGCUGAACAGAGGAGAGACAGAGUUUCCUGUUCCAUCAGUGCGAUGAUUCAAACAUCCGUCUGUGUCACUCUGAAUAUUGUCAAUAAAGCUUGGUGUGUUUGU